UUUUCUUGAACCAAUGUCUAACUUGCGUAUCUGACAAUCCUGAUUACAUGUUUCUGAAGUACUGAGAACAACUAGAUUGCAGUAUAAUUAUAAAGGUUUAUUUUCCUUCAGCAUAUUUAAAAUUAGGACUGUUAUUUCUCAAGGCCUUGCUUUACGGAAGAAUGAAUUUUAUAUAGUACAGGACUGGUCAUGAAAGGAAACUUUACAUCUCCGGAUCAAGGAUGGUCCUGGAUUGUCCUUCUUGCUUCUUUUGGAUCAAAUUGCAUCCACGGUUUCUUUCUGACUGCAGUGGGGAUUCUUCAGAUGUCCUUGCUUGACCACUACAAGGAAAGUGUGUUCAUAACUUCAUUGCCACUUUCUACAUUUAUAGGAUUACUUUCCAUAUCAGGACCAAUUGCCAGCUUGAUAAUCAAUAAAUGGAGUUGCCGAGUAGGAAUGGUAGUGGGUGGACUAAUUGUGUCCCUUAGUCUCCUGGUGACUUCAUUUAUGCCGAAUAUAAUUCUUGUUUUCUUUUCACUAGGAAUAUUUGGUGGAAUUGGAAUAGGAAUCACCUUUACACCGUCCAUUGUUGUUCUAGGAUACAACUUUGAAAUGAAAAGAAACUUUGCGAGUGGGAUAGCGGUAUCGGGUAUUGGUAUUGGAUCUUUUGCUCUAGCGCCAUUGAUGCAAUCUGUUAGCAAUCGCUAUGGAUAUCAUGGCUUAAUGUUUAUGUGUGCAGGUCUUACAUUACAAUACUGUGUUUUUGGUUGUUUACUUUUUCCUUCCAAGCUGGAAAUGGAUCAAAAGAAAGAAAAGAUGAAAGAUUUGAAUCGCAAGAGUACUGUUCUUUCACCGAAACCCAAGAGACUGAGAGACAUAUGCAGAGCUGUGUCACAAAAAGCACUUAUAAACAUUUACAUAUCCAUGUUUCUGUGUAAUUUAGGAAUUUAUCUCGUUUAUCUUCAUUUUGCGAGUUAUGUAACAUCCAUCGGAUUCAGUAAAUUAGAGGCAGCUUUUCUUUUCUCCAUAUGUGGAAUCUGCAAUUGUAUUUCUCGAAUUCUGGUUGGUUCAGCUACAAAUGUUCACAAUGUUGAUGAAUUUGUACUAUACGCAGGGACAUUUAGCCUUACCGGAUUAACAACAGUGGUUUUUCCACUCUAUGGACACAUUUAUGGAGGACAGGUUUUUUAUAUGGUGUCAUUUGGAUUGUACUCAGGAAUAUGCUUUGUCCUGUUAAAUUCCAUAUGUGUAAUUCUUGCUGGGAUUACAAAUCUAGCCACAGUGUAUGGCUUGAUUUCGUUUUUCACCGGUAUAGGUUGUUUUAUAGGGCCUUUACUAGGAGGUUUCAUUGUUGACCUUGGUGGUACAUACAGUCAGUCAAUUGCAGCGGCGGGUAUAAUAAUCCUGAUUGGUUCUGUUUUUGCUUGGGGCUCAGGAGUUGGCGAACAUCGUGGAACUUUUACUCAGAACCCAGAAGAGAGGAUAAUUUUUCAGGAAAGCGAGACAGCUCAAGAACAGACCACAAAGUACGUUGAUAACGUCGUCAUUGAAAGGGAUUAUGGAGGUGACCCAGAGACAGAUUAUUGUGUAAGAAAAGGAAAUACUGAAUGUUCACUUGUGGAGAGGGUCAAGGACGAGACGAAAAAGGUCAAGGACAGUGCAUACCUUGAAGAAACUCCUUUCAUAUCAAACCUUGAUGAUUGUGAUCGUAUAGAAGUAAAUAAAUGACCUCUUUGUGAAACAU